AUGUCUUACUGCCCACCCACAGAUUGUUAUCCCGAUAUAUGCCCACGUCCAUGUAUUGAUGUCCGCAACGAGCCGUGUAUCUCAUCAUGCGGAGAUUCGACUGCAGUGGUCUAUGCACCACCAGUUGUUGUGAGAUUCCCCGGACCAACUAUGGCUACUUGUCCUCAAGACAGCUUCGUAGGAACCGCCUUACCAAAUUUGCCAUUUAGAUCUGGUGGCGGACCUGGAGGCUCGAUCAGUUAUGGGGGAGGUUAUGGUGGUGGUUACGGAGGAGGUAACAGUGUUGUUGGUUCUGGUGGUGGAUUUGGAGGCUCAAUCGGUUAUGGAGGAGUUUAUGGAGGUGGAGUCGGGGGUGGUUAUGGGGGUGGAUAUGGGGGUGGUUAUGGGGGUGGAGCUGGGGGUGGUUAUGGGGGUUGUUAUGGAGGCUCAUAUGGUUCUGGAGGUUCACGUGGUUAUAGCAGGAAGUCAUAUCGUAGCAUUUCUGGGGGAGGAUAUUCUGGAUUCAGCCGUGGAAACUGUGGGCCAUGUUAA